AUGUUGCAUCGAGUAAUACAUUCGAUAUUGCUUUUGAUAACAAUAUUUUCAUCAAUAACAACCGUAACAGAUGCAAAAAAUUCAACAACAACAUCAAGUUCAAAACAUAUUGAAACGAAUUCUUUAUUAACAUGUAUGGAUAAUUCGCAAUUUACUGCUUCAUAUUUUGAUGUUAGAUUUUAUCCAGGUAAUAAUACAGUUGUAUUUAAAAUUGAUGCAACAACAACAAUUAAUCAAAAAGUUAUUGUUCAAGCUGAAGUGCUGACUUAUGGUUUAAAAAUUAUCAAUAAAGAAUUUGAUCCAUGUUCCUUAGAUCAAGAUGCUUUAUGUCCUCUAAGUCCAGGUAGAAUCGAUGUUUCAUCCUCGUAUCAACUUGAUUCAGAUGUUACAAACCAAAUUCCAGGUAUCGCUUAUACUGUUCCAGAUUUAGAUGCUCAAGUUAGAGUUAUUGUUUAUUCAAUUAAUGAUACAGAUUUUAAAACACCAUUAGCUUGUGUUCAAGCCAUUUUAUCCAAUGGUAAAACUGUUCAAACUAAAUAUGCAUCAUGGCCAAUUGCUGCUAUUUCAGGUGCAGGUGUCUUAACCUCAGGUUUCGUCUCUGUUAUUGGUUAUAGUGCAACUGCAACACAUAUUGCAUCAAACUCAAUUUCCCUUUUCAUUUAUUUUCAAAAUUUAGCAAUUACUGCAAUGAUGGGUGUCUCUAGAGUUCCACCAAUUGCUGCAGCAUGGACACAAAAUUUUCAAUGGUCAAUGGGUAUUAUUAAUGAAAAAUUUAUGCAAAAUAUUUUUAAUUGGUAUGUUCAAGCAACAAAAGGUACUUCAACAGUUGUGGUAGCAAAUAAAGAUGUCUUAUCAAUUAGUGUUCAAAAGAAAAAAAGAGAUUUACAAAAUUGGAUGAUGAAAAAUGACGCUUAUAAUUGGUUAAAAAAAAGAGCUGUAAGUGUUGCAUCUGCAAGUGAUUAUAAUUUUGAUGAUAUUUUAGAUGACUCUACACUUUAUACAACUAAUGAAAGAAAUAGUACAGAAUAUGCAAGUAAAAUCCUUGUAUUAAGAGGUAUUCCACGUGUCUCUUAUUUAGCAGGAAUUGAAAUUUCAAAUUUUUUUUUAACAGGUGUUGUUUUUUUCUUAUUUUUCCUAUUUGUGGUUGUAUUUGCUUUAAUCUUUUUCAAAUCUUUAUUAGAAUUAUUAGUUAAAACAAAUGUUAUGUCAGAAAGUUCAAAUUUUUUCCAAUAUAGAAAAAAUUGGGGAUCUAUCAUUAAAGGUACAUUGUAUAGAUUAGCCAUUAUUGCAUUCCCACAAAUUACAUUAUUAUGUAUUUAUGAAUUUACACAAAAUGAUUCACCUGCAGUAAUGGCAGAUGCUGUAAUAAUUUUAAUUAUUAUUAUUUGUUUAUUAUCUUAUGGUUGUACAAGAGUUAUGUUAAAAGGUGGAGAAUCGUUGAGAUUGUAUAAGAAUCCUGCAUAUUUAUUAUAUGGUGAUACACAAUUUUUAAACAGAUAUGGUUUCCUUUAUGCCCAAUUUAAAGCCGAUAGAUAUUGGUGGGUUUUACCAUUAUUAUUAUAUUCUUUCUUUAGAUCUUUAUUUGUUGCUGUUUUACAAGAACAAGGUAAAGCACAAGCAAUGAUCAUUUUUAUUAUUGAAUUAAUUUAUUUUGGUUGUCUUUGUUGGAUACGUCCAUAUUUAGAUAAAAGAACAAACAUUUUUAAUAUUGCUAUUCAUUUAGUUAAUUUAGUUAAUGCUUUCUUCUUUUUAUUUUUCAGUAAUUUAUUCAAACAACCAGCGGUAGUUUCAUCGAUAAUGGCAGUAAUAUUAUUUGUUUUAAAUGCUGUCUUUGCAUUAUUUUUAUUAAUAUUCACAAUUAUUACAUGUUCAUUAGCAUUAAUUUAUAGAAAUCCUGAUGUUCGUUAUCAACCAAUGAAAGAUGAUCGUGUAUCCUUUAUACCAAAAGUUCAAAUUGGUGGAGAAAGUACAAUGGAUCUUAAUGACAAAAAUGAUGCAGAGUUAUUUGAAUUAAGACAAGCUGUAAUGGAUACAAAUGAAACUGAUCAAGAAAAAUUAUUACGUGAAAAAAGAUUUAGUGGUAAACCACAAAUUUUAUUUGAUAGUAAUAAUGAUUAUGAUGGUGGAUCAUCUCUAUCAUUAAACAAUACAGUGACUAGAAAUAGAUCAAAUAGUAGUAAUAUUGAUUUACAACCAACACAAGCAAUGUCUCCAUUAUUUAAUAAUAAUAAUAGUGCUGCAAAACCAAUAAUAGAUUCAAAUAAUGGCUAUUUACGAGCUCCAGCUGAUAAUAGAAACACAAAUAAUAAAAAUUUAAAGAAACCAGAGACAAGUUUCUAUGGUAGUGGGCCAACACAUUCAUAUUCUAGAGAUUUCCUAUAA